AUGCCCCUGUAUCUCCGAAACCAGCCCAAGCCACGACAGCAGCUAGUCAUCACCCGGACAAGAAGAGUAACGGAAGAGAGCAGCAAGCGAACCAACGCUAGCGGCGGCGGCGUCGGCGAGAUGACCUCCGGGAAGGACAAUCGCGCCUCCUCCACCGAGGACGGCGAGAACUACCCUACCUCCGGAGACAACGGCGGCGGAGCGAGUGGCAGCGACGGAUUGAACCUCUCCCCCGAGAACCAGGAGAUCGAGGAGAUGCGCAGGAGGCUGCGGCAGAUGGAGGAGCAGGAGAUACUGCCCGCCGUCACGGCCGCCGUGUCCCAUGAAGAUCCAGCUGCAGAGGCAACCGCAUUCGACAAGUCAGAGGUGGAUGCUCGCUCCAUCUAUGUUGGAAAUGUUGACUAUACUUGUUUGCCAGAGGAAGUUCAGCAGCAUUUUGAAGAUUGUGGAACUGUCAGCAGGGUUACAAUUUUGACAGACAAUUUUGGUUAUCCCAAAGGAUAUGCUUAUGUGGAGUUUCUUGAAGUUGAGGCAGUCCAAAAUGCUCUCCUGCUGAAUGAUACAGAACUACAUGAGCGUCGGUUGAAGGUGUGUCCAAAAAGAACAAAUGUUCCAGGAAUGAAUCACCCUAGGGGAAGGCGCCCAUAUGAUCCGUAUUAUCCCCCCUAUCCAACAUAUGGGAGGGUGCCAAGGUUCAGGAGGCCACCCAGGUACUGGCCGUACUGA